GGUUCCGCUGAGGCGUGGUAGGAAGUGGCAGCCGUCAAUCACGCGGGGAGACUCCAAACAGUGAGCCUUGAGCUGGAGAACAGCGUUUACCGGCGGGGCGGCCGGUUUUAUGAAUGAAGCUAUGGCUACAGAUUCCCCAAGAAGACCCAGUCGAUGUACUGGUGGGGUUGUGGUUCGCCCCCAGGCUGUCACAGAGCAAUCCUACAUGGAAAGUGUUGUGACUUUUCUACAGGAUGUUGUGCCACAGGCUUACAGUGGAACACCUCUAACAGAAGAAAAGGAGAAAAUAGUCUGGGUCAGAUUUGAAAAUGCAGAUUUAAAUGACACAUCAAGAAAUCUGGAAUUUCAUGAAAUACAUAGCACUGGGAAUGAACCACCUUUGCUGAUUAUGAUUGGCUACAGUGAUGGCAUGCAGGUCUGGAGCAUCCCUAUCAGUGGGGAAGCACAGGAGCUCUUCUCUGUUCGGCAUGGCCCAAUUCGAGCAGCUAGAAUCUUGCCUGCUCCUCAGUUUGGUGCUGAAAAGUGUGAUAACUUUGCUGAAAAGAGACCUCUCCUUGGUGUUUGUAAGAGCAUUGGCUCUUCUGGGUAAGAAAACUUU